AAAUUACAUAGAGUCAGAGAGGAAGAGAGAGAGAGAGCGAAUCAGAGAAACCAGGCUGGGGAAAGUUCUUAACUUCUACUGAACUUUUAAAAAGUUUGUAACAAAUGAUAUGACUUCGCGACUGACGGGAAGCGAGGAGCGACUGGUUCACCAGGGAAAGGGUGACACGGAGGAGCAGAAUGGGAGCCUUCAGAAGGAACUGUCGGAGUCGCCGAGUUCUGCAGGUGUGCGAAUCGAGGAUAUGGAACUCCGGGAAGAGUGGCAGGAUGAAGAGUUUCCAAAACCUCUUCCAGAAGAUACUGAUGCCGUGACAGAGGAUGAACUGAAUGCCAAUACAGAUGUUGACAGACCAGUGCCACCUAACACACUACAAUUAUGCGGGAAUAAGCACAAGAAACGUCUCCUUGCGCCAGCAAUCAGUUUGACCCUAGAAGGUAAUGGGGAAACAACGCACUCCGAGGACAGGACUCCGGAUGAACUGGAAGGGGAUUCGUCUGAUUUAAAUUUAGAAGACUUAGAUACUCCUUCAGAUAGUGAAUCUUUUGAGUUGCCGGAGAAUGGUAAUGAAUUUGAGUGGGAAGAUGAUCUGCCGCGGGUGUAUCGUUCGUUAUCAGAUACGGAAAGUUUCCAGGGACACGUAACAGAUGAAGAGACGGAAGACGGCAAACUGUGGAGGGUCUUCCACAUCGGGGAGCAGGAAUAUCGGGUGGACAUGGCUGUUGUGGAUCCAUACAAGGCAGUUAUUUCUCACGGAGGUUGCUUUGGUGAGAAUUUAACUGCAAUCAUUGUGUUUUCCUCCUGCUAUUUGCCUGAGAGCAGUCAACCUGACUACGAGAAUGUGAUGGAAAAUCUGUUUAGGUAUGUUAUUGGAACCCUGGAACUGUUGGUGGCUGAAAAUUAUAUUAUUUUGUAUUUAAAUGGUGCCACAACCCGCAACAGGGUGCCAUCAAUCAGUUGGCUGAAGCAGUGUUACCAGACCAUUGACCGGAGGUUAAGGAAAAACUUGAAAUCUCUCAUUGUGGUCCAUCCGUCGUGGUUCAUUAAGGUGAUAUUAGCAAUUACCCGGCCUUUUAUAAGUUCAAAAUUCAGUAGGAAAGUCCGGUUUGUAAAUAGUCUUCAGGAGCUUUCACAAAUAAUUCCCAUGCAACAUGUACAUAUUCCACAAUGCGUUAAAGAGCUGGAUGAAGAGUUAAAUGGAAAUUCAGAAUCAUCGUAGAAGUCUAUUAUUUGUGUGUGUGUGUUUGUGUGUGCAUGGAAUUCUACUGGAUUGCUUUCUAUCUAAUGUGGACGAGACAUUUUCUGAAUGGUGAAUGCAAGUAAACCGGGGUGAGCAUAAUGUCAAAGAGAAGAGAGAUUUUCAGGACCAGUGUUGCAGAGUCUGUUCCGAUUCGAAGCAAAUUUUCAUCCACCGUUAUCGUAACAACAGCAUACAGUGUUUUCUUUUAAAAAAAAAAAAUUGUGCAUCAACAUUUUGACAGCUUAAUGACUCAAUGAUACGGGAUCAGAGGUCAUGGCGUCAAAUCCCAGUGCCUGCUGGGACUUAGUUGCUCCGUCAUGGUUGUCAUGCGUCGAAGGAGACAAAAUUUAAAACUGGCCUAGGUUUCUACUUCUGAUCACCACCUCGGACAUUCCUGCUCAGAGAAGUGUUCAUUUGUAGUAGGUGGGGACGGAAUUAAACUCUUGCCAUGAUGCCCGUCUUGAUGAAUCUCAGUGCAAAGUGGGUCGUAAAGAAUGGCAACACGGCUCAAGAGAGUUGGCAGUGCCAAUGGGAGUGUAUAGAGCAGGAAAUCAAGAGAGUUUCACACUUUCAUGUUUUAUGACCAAACUUUGGUGGCCUCUUUCCAACACAAGAUUUCCCAUUGUGGACUGAGCAAGCAUUAGAAGCAUUGUAGUAGCCGGGGGAGGAGGGAAGUGGGGGAGAACGGGAAACGAGGUGGCGCUGACAACUUGUGACAUUCACUGAACAUUAUCAAUUGCCAAGGAUCUAUUUACAAACAGUCAAUUUGUGGGGAUGUGCUUCGGGGUUAAGGUAGUGGGGAUGCUGUGAUAGGAGUAACGUGAAGUGUUCUUUGCUAUGCUCACUUGCAUAGACUGAACGCCCUUCCUGUGUCUAUCUCAUGGUCUUGCAAAUGGUUUAUUUUGACAGGCAGGGCAAGGAGAGACAAUCUAAUUUUGGACUAAAACCAGAAGAUUACAUAUUCAAGAAUUGUGAUCUGUUAACUCUGGCGACAUUUUGCUGUAACUUAUAUUGGAGGAGGGAGAGGGUUUACAUUAAGUCUGUUCGCAAGUCAAGGGACAGGUUUCACGCAGUGUGAGAUUCUUUUUAUUAAAAAAGAAAAGUUAAAUCAA